AUGAACAACGAAUUUGUCAAAACUUGUUCAAUUACAUAGAAUAAGGAGGAAUAUAUUUGUAUGAAUGAGCAAUGUUGUACCUCUAAUAGAAAAUAACUUCAUUGUUAUGAAUGCAUCACAAAAAUCCAUCGAUAAAAAAAUAAUAAUUUUGUUAAUCAUCUUGAUGAUUUUAAAAAAAUAAGUUUGAUAAUGCAAGAAGUAGAUAAAAGAAAAAAAGAAAGAAUUAAUUUUAUUAAUUAAAUGAUCACCUCUUUGAAUGAUUUUAAGAAAGAGAAGUUUUAAAUAAUUGAAGGUUAUUAAAAUAAUCCAAAAGAAUUUUUAGAAUAAGUUAAAUCUUAUGUAGAAAAAGAGAUUGAUUAGUUUAUCUAAAAAUUGUAUGAAUAAAUCAUAGAAUUCAACAAAUUUACAGAAUAUUAACAAUAAUACCAUUCUUAAAUUCUUAAGCUUUAUUAAUAGACGACUAAUUUAUUUAUUGAAGAUGUUGUAUAAAAUAAAGGGUUGCUUUAAGUUAAAUUAAAUAAUUACAUAAAAAAAAUGGAUUUGGAUUUACAUCAAUAAAUAGUCAAGUAUAAAAAUAUCUAUUUUCUAGAUAUCUUCAGAAAUAAUAGGUUUUAGAAUAAUAAGUGUAGUAAUUGAUAAAAUAACCAAGUACAACAAAUUCUUUUCUAUUUAAAUCUACAGUAAUAUUGAUUUUAAUAAUAAUUGGAUUAAAUCCAAUAAUAAUGUAUAAGGAUUUCAAUGAAAAAAAUGAAUUUUAACAAAAAAUGGAAGAAUUUCAUAAUUUAAUUAAAGAGUUUUAAAGGGAAAUAGAAUAAAAAUAUGAUUUUGUUUAUUAAGAAUUUAACAAAACUGUGUAGUAUUAAAUAAAUAAGUUGUAGGGGUAAAUAGAUUAAAUAAAUGACAAGUAGAAUCAAAUAGAAUCACCAUUUAAUUAAUUUAAGAAUUAUUUUAACACAAAAUUAAAGUAAUAUAAUGAAACAAUUUCUAGUGCAAUAAUUGAUUAAACAAAUGUUUAAAAAGAAAGAAUUUUAUUAUUAUAAUAAUAAUUAAUAAGAUAAGAUUAAUUGAAUGAUAAGAUAUUUAUAGAUAGUAAUCGAACUUCAUCUGUUCUUUAUUAUUAAUAGAUGCGUGUAAUGAAAAUCGAAGAAGAUUUAAAAAUGGUAAAUAAAACCAUAACAGCUAAUUUUUAGGGAAUGGAAUAAUAAAAAACAUAAUUAUUGAAAAAUAUUAUGAAAAUUCAUUAAAGAUUUGAAAAUAAAAAUAGAGAAUAAAUAAAGGAGAAACUAGUUGGAAAAAUACAUGUUGAUUUAGAUGUAAAAGAAUUGGAAGAUUUUGUUAUAAUAUAUGAUGAAUUAUUGUCUAAACCAUUUAAUAGAUAAAUAGUAAGAUAAAUUUAAAAUAUAACUGAAAAUUAAACAAUAAUAUGUAUAGGUGGAAUUAAAAUUGAUAAUCCUUAAAUAGUAUUAGUAGCAGGUUGUGAUUAUUAAGAUGAGAUAUUUUAAUAUACAUAUCAUUGGUAAUAUGCGAGAAAAAGUUCAUCUGGAGACAUAUAUUGGUAUAUGGCUUAUCCAGUUGCAUUUGGAUUUUCUCCAAAAGAAGAAAUUUUUUUAACUUUAUGUGAUGACUUGGAUCCAAAUGAUCAAAGAAGGUUCAGCUAUUGGUUUGAGAAUGGAGAAGAUGGAGGCAGAAGAAUUGGGAACUAAACUCAACUGAUAAACUCAAUAGAGUAUAAAAUGGUGAUGUAUGCUUUUUGA